GGGGCCCCACACACAAUGGACGAGCUCGCCGGAGGCGGUGGUGGCGGCCCGGGGAUGGGGGCCCCUCCACGGCAGCAACAGGGACCUGGGGGGAACAUGAGCCUUUCACCAGGGGGAAACGGAGCGGCAGCGGGUCCUCCUGCGGCGGAGGGAGCGGUUCCCCCGGCAGGCCCCGAGCUGUCCCGGCCGCAACAGUACACUAUCCCGGGGAUCCUGCACUACAUCCAGCACGAGUGGGCUCGGUUCGAGAUGGAGCGGGCGCACUGGGAGGUGGAGCGGGCCGAACUGCAGGCCCGAAUAGCAUUUUUGCAAGGAGAAAGAAAAGGUCAAGAAAACUUGAAGAAGGAUUUAGUAAGAAGAAUAAAGAUGUUAGAGUAUGCAUUAAAACAAGAAAGGGCAAAAUAUCACAAAUUAAAAUAUGGCACAGAACUGAACCAAGGUGAUUUGAAAAUGCCAACCUUUGAAUCAGAAGAAACCAAAGACACAGAAGCUCCCACAGCGCCUCAGAAUAGCCAGUUAACGUGGAAGCAAGGCAGACAACUGUUAAGACAAUAUCUUCAGGAAGUAGGUUACACAGAUACAAUAUUAGAUGUACGGUCUCAGCGGGUAAGGUCAUUACUUGGACUGUCCAAUUCAGAACCAAAUGGAUCAGUAGAAACAAAGAAUUUAGAACAGAUCCUGAAUGGAGGUGAAUCUCCUAAGCAAAAAGGACAAGAAAUCAAAAGGCCUGGUGAUGUUCUUGAGACAUUCAAUUUCUUAGAAAAUGCUGAUGACAGUGAUGAAGAAGAGGAAAAUGACAUGAUUGAAGGCAUCCCAGAAGGAAAAGACAAACAUCGGAUGAAUAAACACAAAAUAGGUAAUGAAGGUUUAGCUGCUGACCUAACUGAUGAUCCUGAUACUGAGGAAGCACUGAAAGAAUUUGAUUUUUUAGUGACUGCUGAAGAUGGUGAAGGAGCUGGAGAAGCACGGAGUUCGGGGGAUGGCACAGAAUGGGAUAAAGAUGACUUCUCCCCAACUACUGAGGUUUGGGAUGUAGACCAGGGACUAAUAAGUAAACUGAAGGAACAGUACAAGAAGGAACGAAAGGGGAAGAAAGGGGUGAAGACUGAACCAAUAACGUUUCCAUCUGGAGGAGGCAAGUCAUUUAUUAUGGGUUCUGAUGAUGUUUUGUUAAGUGUACUGGGCCUUGGAGACCUUGCAGACUUGACGGUAACAAAUGAUGCAGACUAUAGUUAUGAUUUGCCUGCCAAUAAAGAUGCCUUUCGAAAGACAUGGAACCCCAAGUAUACACUACGUAGCCAUUUUGAUGGAGUACGGGCAUUGGCUUUUCAUCCGGUAGAACCUGUGCUAGUUACCGCCUCUGAGGACCAUACUCUGAAACUUUGGAACUUGCAAAAAACAGUUCCUGCCAAAAAGAGUGCCUCUUUAGAUGUAGAGCCUAUCUACACAUUUAGGGCCCACAUUGGCCCUGUUCUAUCAUUAGCUAUUAGUUCUAAUGGAGAGCAAUGUUUUAGUGGUGGUAUUGAUGCAACCAUCCAGUGGUGGAAUAUGCCUAGCCCUAAUGUGGAUCCAUAUGACACAUAUGAGCCAAAUGUUCUAGCUGGCACUUUAGUUGCUCAUACAGAUGCUGUCUGGGGUCUUGCUUAUAGUGGCAUAAAAAAUCAAUUACUAUCUUGUUCAGCAGAUGGCACUGUUAGGUUAUGGAAGCCACAAGAAAAAUUGCCAUGCAUUUGCACUUACAAUGGAGACAAGGAGCAUGGAAUACCUACAUCGGUUGACUUUAUAGGCUGUGAUCCAGCUCAUAUGGUGACCUCUUUCAACACUGGUAGUACAGUAAUUUAUGAUUUAGAAACAUCACAGUCAUUGGUGGUGCUUUCAUCACAAAUAGAUUCUGAUUUACAAUCCAAUAAUCACAUUAACAGAGUAGUAAGUCAUCCCACACUUCCUGUUACAAUAACUGCUCAUGAAGACAGACACAUCAAAUUUUUUGACAAUAAAACGGGUAAAAUGAUCCAUUCUAUGGUAGCUCAUUUGGAUGCUGUUACAAGUCUAGCAGUAGAUCCUAAUGGAAUCUAUUUGAUGUCUGGAAGCCAUGACUGUUCUAUUAGAUUGUGGAAUUUGGACAGCAAGACAUGUGUGCAAGAAAUAACAGCACAUAGAAAGAAAUUAGAUGAAUCAAUAUAUGAUGUUGCUUUCCAUCCAUCAAAAGCAUACAUUGCUAGUGCAGGGGCUGAUGCUCUCGCCAAAGUAUUUGUGUGAAUCAACAGAUACUCGCAUCAUAACAACAGAUUUGCUUGGACAGAAAGAGGGUCUGCAUCACUGCCAUCAGAAACGGUUACUGAUAAGACACUACAUGUGAUCUGCCUGGUGAAGGCUAUUUAGGGCAGGCAUAAAUUGGUGGAAAUCACAUCUUAAUGUCAGGUUCAUUAAUUUAAUUGUAAUUACUGUAUUUUGUGGGACAAAAAAAAAAAAGAACUCCAGUAUUUGUGGCCUGUACUGGAUACAAACUGAGCAUAUGUCUGUUUUUUAGAUAUCUUUAAGCCAAUGUGGAGUCUGAUCUUACAAAAGGACUUUUAUUUUGGACUCUGUGUGCUGCCUUAGGGUUAGGGAUGUGGUGCUCUUGUUGGGGGGAAGUGAGCUCCAAGAGUAGUUUUUUUUCAUCUCUUAGUGAUCUUCCGUUUAUCAGUUGAAUGCCACAGAUUCCCUUUUAAACUUAUUUUGCUUUAAAAAAAAAAAGAAGAAGAAAAUUUAACUUAAAAUAUUUUAGCAUUAGUUGCACAAAAUGUUUGGAUAAAAUUCUAGUUUUUAUAAGUCUUUUUUAUAUAUUUAGCCUGUCACAACAGUGCUCAAGAUUGUAUUGAAAUUUUUCUGCAUUAUACAACCCUAAAACACAGAGAUCUCACUGACCCGCUGCCGUGUAACCACACUCUUUCUUUUGCCUAAUACAGCUCAGCUAAGUCCUUCCAUAAGAUGCUAAAUCACCUUCAUCAUCACAUAAUUGUCUUCAUAAACCAAGGACUGUUAAGUGUACUAAAAUGAAACAGUGGGGUUUUAUACUCCAAAUGAACUCUUAAAAAAAAACAAAACUAACUAAUCUUGGCAUCCUAUCACUAUGUGAUAUUUUGUACAUCUUACUGUAUUUACAAGUUUAUUUAUCAAGGAUUAUCCAUCUUGCUAAUGGCUUAUUAUUUAUUUCACUUUUUGUUCUUUAUAUCCUUUUAUUAAUGUGCUAAAGGAACCUGUAUAUCUAUUUUGGAACUCUUUGAAUAGUCUAAAAUAGACUAAAAAUGGAAUAUUUUAUAGUUUAAGUUACAUACCAAGGUGAUUCUCCCCAGAUACAUAUCUUGGUUUGCCAUGAUUCCAAACAAAACUGUCUUGUUUAAAAAUAUUUGGAGUAAAAUAUUAUUUGCAUUACAAAUAGGAUACAAAAUAGUUGAAUCAGGAUACAGAAAUCUGCUGUGUUUGGACUAGUUAUCCCUAUUUUAUUUUUUCAAAUGUGCUUAAUUUUAUGGUGUAACUAAAGAUUUCGUUUGUGUAAUGCAUGAUUAAGACAAUAAAAUAUUUUUUCUAGUCUUCCAAAAACUUUUCUGAUCAGUUUGCGAGUUUUGAUGAGUUUUGUAAGGUUUUUGUUUUACAAACGAUGAAUCAGCAAAUUUUUAAGAUUGUACCACAUAGCAAACGUACAGCUGUUGAAAAAUAAUGUAUAUAAAAUGCAAUAUAAUAAAUAUUAAAUUGUGUACCUGUAUGUCACUGUUGGCUACCUUAUUUUGUGUUGAAUAAUAAAGUGCAAUACUUUACUCUCCAUCAUUAAAA